UGAAACACUAAAUUUUCAUUUCACGAUGUGCCUUCGUUAGGAUCACAGUGUGAAUAGUUUCUAAGUGCAGUGAUUCUUUAUAAAUUGUCGGAUCUAAUUUUUCGUUACAUAUUAUUGGGCAAAUUAAUAAACAAGAUGAAUGUCCUUACAUUAAAACCGGAAAAUUCAAUACCGGUAUUCUAUGCUGGAAGGAGUAUAUUUAUCACGGGGGCAACUGGAUUUAUGGGUAAAGUGCUCAUCGAAAAGUUAUUAAGAUCCUGUCCUGACAUUCAAGAAAUUUUCUUGUUGAUGAGACCGAAGAAAGGAAUUUCAAUUGAUGAUCGUCUUCGAAAAAUGCUUGCAACACCCUUUUUCGAUAGAAUACGAAAGGAAAGACCAAAUUUUGCAGACAAAUUAAUCCCAGUAACAGGUGAUGUGGGAGCUGAGUCUUUGGGGCUUUCUCCCUUGGAAAGAAAAGUUCUUGUCGAAAGAGUAUCAAUUGUAUUUCAUGUCGCUGCUAAUGUUAGAUUUGACGACAGUUUGAAAAAUGCAACUUUUGUUAAUACCAGAUCAACCAGAGACAUUUGCAUUUUAGGAUCACAAAUGAAAAAACUCGUGGCACUUGUUCACGUCAGUACGAGUUACUCUCAAGCAGAUAAACCAUGUGUUGAAGAAAAAAUUUAUCCCAUUGAUGUGGAUUGGAAAAAAACAAUAAAAAUUGCUGAAAAUGUUGAUGAUCAUGUGUUGCGAAUCUUGACACCAAAAUACAUGGACAGUUUUCCAAAUACAUAUACUUUUACAAAGAGACUUGCUGAACAAGUGGUGAAUGACUAUUCAGAAUCUAUACCAUCUGUUAUAUUUAGACCAUCCAUAGUUAUAUCAACACUUUAUGAGCCCGUUGAAGGAUGGAUUGAUAAUUUUAAUGGACCUGUAGGGAUGUUGGUCGGGGGUGGAAAGGGAUUAUUAAGAGUGAUUCAUUUAGACACUAAAAUCAUCUCUGAUUUCAUUCCCGUUGAUGUUGCAAUAAAAGCAAUGUUAAUUGCAGCUUGGAAGAGAGGACUUCAGACCAUAACAAGGGAUCCUAGCGUUCAUGUCUACAAUUGCUGUUCAGCUGAAGUUAAGGCCGUAAGUACAAGCGAAGUGAUUGAAAUGGGCCUUAAAGUUAAUAAGGAAAUACCUUUGGAAGGAGUUUUAUGGUUUCCAAGUGUCACUAUAACUAAAAAUAAAACCUUAUUUUACUUUUUGAUGAUAAUUUACCAUCUACUGCCUGCUUACUUUAUUGAUGGUUUGUUAAAAACAACAGGAAAGAAGCCUAUGUUGGUUCGAAUUCAAAGAAAAGUUUAUAACGCCAUUAGUUCUCUGGAAUAUUUUUUAAUGAAUGUUUGGAAAUUCAAAAACAAGAAUUUUUUAGAUCUUUUAGAAAAUUUACCACCCAAUGAUGUAGCAGAUUUUGGAUAUGCAUAUUUUUCAUUAGACAUUAGUGAAUACUUCAGGAAUUGUAUCAUUGGAGCAAAAAAAUAUUUGCUAGGAGAAAAAAUGGAAAAUUUAGAAGAAGCGAAAAUUCAUUAUGAGAGAAUGAGAUGGAUUGACAAAAUUGUGAAAGGAUGGUUUAUAGUUUUCGUAUCGUGGCUGAUUUUCAAGAUAGGAGCCAUUAAUUAUCUCUUUAGAAUAAUUCAAGAUAUACUCGAUAUAUUUCAAGCCUAAUGACAAGAAUUGCUAUAUUUUAAAUAGUCAUUCAACGUAACUAUAAUUUUCAGAAAGUUAAACAUUGUACUCGAGAGAAUCUAGUUUCUAUUCUUCAAAUUAUUAUGAAUUUAUAAGAUAAGGUAGCUUCAUUUCGUGAGAAUUGAUUAUAGAAUAAUAAUAAUGUAUACACUUAAAAUAAAUCUUAGGGAAAUCUAGUAAGGAUGUUUUUAAUCGGGAAUAUACUCUCUAAAACUGAAUCAGUAGAAAUUUUACUAAUUCAAUCAGUACUUUUCAUUUUAACUGAAGUUUCAGUUAUUUUUUGAAAUUUACUAAUAUAAUUAGUGAAUAUGCAAGCAAUAGAAAAUAACUUAUGUAAAUCAGUAAUUUGUAUAUAACAUAACCUUUCAAAUUAACUGUUAAAUCAGUAGAUUUUGCGGCCGCUGCCAUAUGUUUAUAUUACUGAUUCAAUCAGUAAAUUUCUACUAAUUAUCAGUUGCUCAAUUCUCGCUAUGGCAAUUAGUAGAUUUCUACUGCUAAUCAGUGAAAUAUGACUGAUUCAGAUUUAGAGAGUAGACCUCCAGAAGAAAUAUUUAUUUGACAUUUGAAAAAUUAUAAUAUUAUGAUUAAUUACCCAUUUAUGGAGCAAAAAAAUGGUCCGCGGGAAUGUAUAUAAAUAAAUAAAUUAAUUAAUAAUAUCCGCUGGAAUAACAGAUACUAAGUUUUAAGAAAAAAAUUAAUAAUUUACAAAAAUUAUUUAUUUAUAUUUUUUACAUAUAUGAUUGAAAUUUUUUUGAUAGCACUUCUUUAAUUUCUUUUAAAUGAUCCAAUUUAAUUGAAUAAUAGAUUUUUAAUAAUAAUUCUUAACAUCUUUAACACAGAGAUUUUUAAACAAUAAGGCACCAUUUUUCAAAUGUUGUUAUUUGUUUAAAAAAAUGUUUCACGAUAACCAUAUUUAAAAAAUGGUCUCCCACAGCACUUAAAAUGUCAAUAAUAUUGCCAUUAUUUCUCCAAUAUUAGAAUAUAGAAUAAAUAUUGGAAAUAUUGCUGCAAGUUCAGGUGCUAUGUGGGGUGCAUUUGUUUAAAAAUCCCUGAGGUAAAGAUGUUAAGAAUUAUUAAAAAUAAAAAAAUAAUUCAUUUAAUUCUGAUCGUGUUUAACAAAUUUUAAAGAAACAAUUAGAAAAAAAUGUUGAUCAUAUAUGAAAAAUAUAUAAAUAAAUAAUUUUUGUAAGUUUAAAAUUUUUUUCUUAAAACUUAGUUUCUGUUCUUUCAGUGGAUAUUAUCAAUAAUAUUUUUAAUUUUUAAAUAUAAAAUAAAUUUUUUGCAACAAUAACCUCUAAAGUUAAAUUUUACACACCGAAAAGUGUGUGCAAAGAAGCUCCUUAAGUAGCACGGAAUAUUGGUUGAAUGGCACGGUGAUAUCAAGCGGGAAUAUAAACGUGUUUAAAAAAGCACCUACAAAAAAUCACAGUAAAUAUUUUUCUGAAUUGAAAAAUUUAUUUUGCGACGAAUUAUCAUCCCUCAGAUCUACUUAAAAUUAUAUUUAUUUACUUAAUAAUAAACGGAACUAACUCUGUCGUACAUAAGUACCCUUAAUACUAAAAAUUGUCAAACACAACUCAUAACUUAAACUUAUAACACAGUUAUACUUUAAUAUAACUUUGUUAACAUUUCUUCGGAAUUACUAAACACAUUUCUUGAAACUUUGUUAUUCUCUCGAACAUUAACUUUCAUUGUAUUUAUUCAUGAAUAAACAAAGCACUUAAUUAUCAGUA